AUUGCCUCUCAAACUCAAAUAAGUUGUCAGUAGUAACGGUCUCCGUAUCGUGCAGACAAGACACCCAUAAGCAAUGAACGUAUCCACGAUUGUCCUGGCACUACUGGCACUGGCGGGGCUCCUUUCGAAUGGCGACGCAGUAGCGGUUUUCGGUCCGCCCAAGUGUCCCGACCCCUACGGAGUCCACGCGUACCCUCACCCCGAGGACUGCGCCAGGUUCUUCCUCUGCACCAAUGGCACAUUGACCCUAGAGCAGUGCGAGAAUGGACUUCUCUUCGACGGUCACGGGGCUGUUCACAAUCACUGCAACUACAACUGGGCUGUGCACUGCGGUGAACGCAAGGCUGAUUUGACUCCAAUCAGUUCACCUGGUUGUGAAUACCAGUUCGGUGUUUACGCGGAGAGUGACGCCUGCAGCACAAACUACAUCAAAUGUAUUCACGGAGAGCCUCACCUGGAGCCCUGUACUCCCGGUCUCGCUUGGGACGACAAGAGCCACUCCUGCGUCUGGCCUGAUCAAUUGAUCCCCUACUGCAAUCCCGAGGCUAUCGUCGGCUUCAAGUGCCCAACGAAAGUGCCUAAACACACCGCCGCUGCUAAAUUCUGGCCAUUCCCGAGAUUCCCUGUCCCCGGAGAUUGUGGAAGACUGAUUACCUGCGUUGAUUACAACCCCCGUCUGAUCACCUGUGGCGAUGGAAAAUUAUUCGACUCCAUUACCUUGAGCUGCAUGGACCCCGACGAUCACCCACACUGCGCCGAUGGACUGUAAACAACGAAAUCCCGGAAGAUCCUAGAGAAUUCGAUGUAAAAUUUUAGGCGAUUGAAUCACCAAAAUGAGCUGUCAAAAUGUAACUAUUGUACAUGAAGUGGAAUGAAAAAUAA